AUCAGAGCUGGAAGCGUAGUCGAUUUAUGAGGAAUCAAAGAUGAAUUUGGAUCAGGAGAGGCCCUUUGUCUGCAGUGCCCCAGGCUGCUCACAGCGCUUCCCAACAGAGGAUCAUCUGAUGAUUCACAGGCACAAGCAUGAAAUGACUUUGAAGUUUCCUUCAAUAAAAACAGACAGUAUGCUAUCAGAUCAGACUCCUACACCAACACGAUUCCUGAAGAACUGUGAGGAAGUGGGCCUCUUCAAUGAUAUUGACUGUUCCCUAGAGCACGAGUUUAGAAAGGCACAGGAAGAAGAGAACAAUAAAAGGAAUAUCUCUAUGCAUAACGCUGUCGGAGGAACUCUGACGGGACCUGGAUCCCACCAGCUCGGUAACACCAGGAUGCCCAACCAUGACACCAGUGUGGUGAUUCAGCAAGCUAUGCCGUCCCCUCAGUCCAGCUCCGUCAUCACGCAAGCACCUUCCACGAACCGACAGAUCGGGCCUGUCCCAGGCUCUCUAUCUUCACUCCUUCACCUACACAACAGACAAAGACAGCCCAUGCCAGCCUCUAUGCCUGGGACUCUGCCCAACCCUACGAUGCCUGGAUCCUCAGCAGUAUUGAUGCCAAUGGAACGACAAAUGUCAAUGAACUCCAAUAUCAUGGGCAUGCAAGGGCCUAAUCUCAACAAUCCGUGUGCUUCUCCACAAGUUCCUCCAAUGCAUUCAGAAGCCAAAAUGAGGUUGAAGGCCGCGUUGAGCCAUCAUCCUGCUGCCAUGUCAAACGGGAAUAUGAACACCAUGGGCCACAUGAUGGAAAUGAUGAGUUCUCGCCAGGACCAGACAGCGCACCACCAUCUGCACCCGCACCCGGCUCAGCACCAGACGCUGCCACCCCAUCACCCGUACCCUCACCAGCACCAGCACCCAGCCCAUCAUCCUCAUCCUCAGCCCCAUCACCAGCAGAAUCACCCGCAUCACCACUCCCACCUUCACGCACAUCCGGCACAUCACCAGACUUCGCCACACCCACCACUGCACACGGGCGGCCAAGCACAGAUUUCACCAGCGAGCCAGCAGAUGCAGCCCACCCAAACAAUACAGGCACCCCAACCCACCGGGGGGCGCCGGAGAAGGGUAGUGGAUGAAGACCCGGACGAGAGGCGGCGGAAAUUUCUGGAAAGGAACCGAGCAGCUGCCACCCGCUGCAGACAGAAGAGGAAGGUCUGGGUGAUGUCACUGGAAAAGAAAGCAGAAGAACUCACCCAGACAAACAUGCAACUUCAGAAUGAAGUUUCGAUGUUGAAAAAUGAGGUAGCACAACUGAAACAGUUGUUGUUAACACACAAAGACUGUCCAAUCACAGCCAUGCAGAAAGAGUCACAAGGAUAUCUAAGUCCUGAGAGCAGCCCUCCUGCCAGUCCUGUACCAGCCUGCUCACAGCAACAAGUCAUCCAGCAUAACACCAUCACCACUUCCUCCUCUGUCAGUGAGGUUGUGGGAAGUUCUACUCUCAGUCAGCUCACCACCCAUAGAACGGACCUGAAUCCCAUCCUUUAAAAUUUAUGGGUCAGCAACUGCUACCAGGGAGGACAGUAGCCUAUCAAGUGUCCUUUUGGCUAAGGGCAUUUUUAGAAUUAACUCAGACCUGGAAGACUCCUCAGCCCUUGAAAGACUCUGGCUUUCAUUUUUAUAGUUAUUAUUGAAAUGUGUCUUUUAUACUUAGUUAUAAAGAAGGGAGUUAUGCAAUUAAUAUACUAUCAGCUUGGGAAAUGCUUUGGUGCUUUCUCCAACUUUCUGGUACCAGUUACUUGUUUAUGAACUGAACUGUUUCUGUACAUAGUCCUGGUUUUCACAUGUGUCGGCCUAACCGUGGACCUCAGAUGUGGAAUUUUGGAAACUGCAGCAUUUUGGCCAAAGUGAGGCAUACAGAAAACUCAACUGAGACUUUUUAGAGGUGACCGGGAGUUCUGGUGACAUCCAAAAGAUCGGUUGAGAGUUUGGGUUGUGAAGUCACCAGAAUCCCAAGAUGUACUUCAAGUCUUUUCGUGGUUUCUUUCUCUUUCCAAUCCACACAAAUAAAAUCAAAAAGUAAAAAAUGCCUCCCAGACAUACUUCCCCCACCUCCCUUGGCCUUCUGAAACCCUCAUUAAAUAUUCUUUUUCCUUCUCUAGUCUCUUUCCCCCACUCCCACCCAUUCACCUUCCCAUUUUCCCUGAGCUCUGUCUUUUCUCCUCAUUUUCACUCUGUUUUCUCCUUUUUCUUUUACCUUUCAGCAAUGCAAGUGAGGAAGAAAAAGCCUUAAAAAAAAGAAAGAAAAAAAAAAAGAAACCCAACUAUUUAAAAUCUUGGCCUGGCCAUUGCUUUCAAUAGCCCUUCACCCACAGCUGGGGCUCAUUUAACUUUCAGUUUUGAAAAAAGAGAAACCAGGAGAUGUUUAAUCCGCCUGAUUUAGUGUUUUUAAUAAACAGUGUAAGUUAAAGGCAGCUUAGCCACAGGUGAAGUACUAUUGAAUGCCAGCUGUGGGGACACUAG